GAUUGGCAGCGGCCGCCGCAGAAGAAGAAGACCGUGUCCUUCAGCACCAUGCCCAAUGACCGCAAGAUCAACAGCACAGCUGCCUGCAUCUCCUUCAUGCUGGAGGGCUGUGAGCUGAAGAAGGUGCGCUCCAACUCCCGCAUGUACAGCCGCUUCUUCGUGCUGGACGCCGACAUGCGCUCUGUGCGCUGGGAGCCCUCCAAGAAGGACUCGGAGAAGGCCAAGAUCGAGAUCAAGUCGGUCAAAGAGGUGCGUGUGGGCAAGAAGACGCCUGUCCUGCGCAGCAAUGGCCUCUCUGACCAGUUCCCGGAUGAGUGCGCCUUCUCCAUUAUCUAUGGAGACAACUACGAGUCCCUGGAUCUGGUGGCCAGCUCAGCCGAUGUGGUGAGUGCCUGGGUGAUGGGGCUCCGGUACCUGGUGUCCUAUGGGAAGCACACCCCCGAGGCGCCUGGGACUGGCCACCCCAGCCUCCGGACCUCCUGGAUCUCCUCCGUCUUUGACCUUGCCGACCUGGAGAAGUCUGGCCGCAUCCCCGUGUCUCGGGCUGUGCAGCUGAUCAAAGCGCUCAACCCAGGCAUGAAGACCUCCACCAUUGAGCUGAAGUUCAAGGAGCUGCAGAAGGCCAGCGAGCGUCCUGCUGCGGAGGUGGCUUGCGACCUCUUCGUGGAGGUGUACUGCGAGCUCUGCACCCGCCCCGAGAUCUUUUUCCUUCUGGUGCAGUUCUCCAGCAACAAGGAGUUCCUGGGUCUGAAGGACCUGCUGAUGUUCCUGGAGGUGGAGCAGGGCAUGGAGGGGGUGACGGAGGAGAAGUGCUUGGAGAUCGUUGGCAAGUAUGAGCCCUCCAAGGAGGGCCGGGAGAAGGGCUACCUGGCCAUCGAUGGCUUCACGCGCUACCUGCUCUCCGCUGACUGCUCCAUCUUCGACCCGCAGCACCGCAAGGUGUGCCAGGACAUGGCGCAGCCCCUGUCCCACUACUACAUCAGCUCUGCCCACAGCGCCUGCCUGCUGGAGGACAACUUUUGGGGCCGCUCGGACAUCAGCGGUUACAUCAGCGCCCUGGGCCUGGGCUGCCGCAGCAUCGAGCUGGUGCUGUGGGAUGGCCCCGAGGGUGAGCCCGUGGUCUACACCAGCCCCUCGGCCGCCUCCUGCGUGCCCUUCCGCGCCGUGGUGGGAAUGAUCGACCAGCACGCCUUCACCGCCUCCGCCUACCCCCUCAUCCUCUGCCUGGUGGUGCGCUGCUCGGCCCCCCAGCAGCGCCUUGCCGCCCAGUGCCUGCGCAAGACGCUGGGGGAGAAGCUGUACCUGGAGCCCCCCAACCCUGCUGCAUCCUACCUGCCCUCCCCGGAGCAGCUCAAGGGCCGCAUCCUCAUCAAGGGCAAGAAGCUGCCGCCCGGCUGUGAGGACAGCGAGGGGGAGGUGUCGGAUGAGGAGGAAGGCUGGGAGCUGGCGCGGCGGCUGGGGCAGGAAGACCGGGAGGGAGACUUCGAGGGCUCGCGGCGUGGGCAGCGCUACUGGGAGAUGUGCUCCUUCAGCGAGGUGGAGGCGGGACGCUUCGCCAACGAGUGCCCGGCCGAGCUGGUGAGCUACAACAAGCGGUUCCUCUCCCGCGUCUACCCCAGCCCCAUGCGCAUCGAUGCCAGCAACAUGAACCCCCAGGACUUCUGGAAGUGCGGCUGCCAGAUGGUGGCCAUGAACUACCAGACACCGGGGCUCAUGAUGGACCUGAACACAGGCUGGUUCCGGCAGAACGGGGCCUGUGGCUACGUCCUCCGCCCCGCCAUCAUGCGGGAGGAGGUUUCCUACUUCAGUGCCAAUGCCAAGGACUCCUUGCCUGGGGUGCCCGCCCAGCUCCUGCAUCUCAAGGUCAUCAGUGGGCAGAACCUGCCCAAGCCCAAGGGCUCGGGGGCCAAGGGGGAGGUGGUGGAGCCCUACGUCUGCGCCGAGAUCCAUGGUAUCCCAGCCGACUGCGCUGAGCACCGCACCAAGACGGCCCUGCAGAGCGGGGACAACCCCGUCUUUGACGAGAGCCUGGAGUUCCAGAUCAACCUGCCGGAGCUCGCUGUCCUGCGCUUUGUCGUGCUGGACGACGACUACAUCGGGGAUGAGUUCAUCGCACAGUACACCAUCCCCUUUGAGUGCCUGCAGCCUGCCCCUGAUGCCAGUCUCUGCCUGCAGAACGCGCUGGUCUCCUUCAAGGAGCUGUGUGGGCUGACACCCGCCGCCAACAUGAAGCAGUGCAUCCUGACGGUGGCCGCGUGGCUGCUACACAGUGACAGCGCGCCCAGUGUCACCCUCAACCUGGCAGAGCAGUACCCUCCCAUGGAGGCCCAGGGCCCCAUCCCGGACCUGCUGCGCAAGGUCCUCACCGCCUACGAGACGCUCCAGCGAGCUUCCUGCCUCUUGCUCCUGCUCCUGCUCUGCUCCCUGGCUGCUGGCCGGCAGAGUCUGCCCGAGUGCUGCCGGCAGAAGACCUGCUCCUGCCGCAUCUAUGACCUCCUGCACGGCAUGGGCAACCACGCCGCCGGCAUCCUCACGCUGGGCAAGAGGAAGAGUGUCCCGCCGGCAUUCCAGAGCCGGCUCUACCGCCUGCUGCACAGCUCUGGCAACCAUGCCGCUGGCAUCCUUACCAUGGGCAAGCGUGGGGAGCACCCUGGCACUGCCUGCCACAACGCACUGGGCUGCCCCACAGGCACGGAUGCCCAGCCGAUGCCAGCCCUGCAGGGCACUGAUGCCAGCCCUGCCAGCGCCAGGGAGUGCCAGGGACACUCGGAAAAGGACCUGACCAAGAGCCAGGCCCAGGGAGCUGCAAAGAGCUUUUACUGAGAGGUGUGGGGGCAGCGGGAGCAGAGAGGGUAUCCCUGGGGGGAUGGACCCCAGGGACACACGCCCAGAGCUCGGUGUAAAUAGCACUUUUACAUACCUCCUCCUGGCCCUGGCUGAGCCUGCUCAGGGCACCGCAGGCACC